AUGGCUGACAAUAGCCGCACUCCCUACGGCGGACCCUACGGGCGCCGCCUCUAUGUACACGUCGUCGACGAGACGGCCCGGGCCGAGCCUGACGGCACCUGGAUCUACGCGCCACGCUCCUCGGUGGCGCGGGACGGCUGGCGAGCGAUAACGUGGCGGCAGCACGCCAACGCGGUCAACCGCACAGCCAACUGGCUGGUUGAGCGGCUCGGCAAGCCAGUCCCCAAGUCCUUUCCGAGCCUGGCGUACGUCGGGCCCAACGAUGCCCGAUAUCUGGUCCUCUUUGCGGCCGGUGUGAAAGCAGGCUACCAGAUCAUGUUUCCCUCUACCCGCAACAACACGGACAGCCAAGUCUCGCUGCUGAGAGUGACAAAUUGCCAGAAGCUGCUCUACGGCAAGGAAUACACCAAGAGAAUCCAGCCGUGGGUGCAAGAGUCUGGUAUCGGCGCCUUGGAGAUGCUCGGCCUGGAGCAGGUCCUGGACGAUGCGCCAGCGCCGGUUCAUCCAUACGAGGAAACCUUCGAGUCGGCUAGGUUUGACCCCGUCAUCAUACUGCACACGAGUGGCAGCACUGGUACUCCGAAGCCAAUAUACUGCAACCAGGGUCUCUUCUCAUCGGCGGAUCGUUAUCACGAUUUUCUAGAGUACGAGGGUUUCCCGUUCAUCAUGGAGGCCAUGGCGACGUACUCGAACAAGACGUACUGCCCACUCCCUCUGUUUCACGCAUUUGGUUUGUACUGCUUCGUCAACAUUGCCACAUUCUGGGGCAAACCUCUGGCACUCGCCAUCGGUGACAAGCCGUUGACGGCGGAGAGCGUUUUCGAGGGCUACGAGGCAGCCAGAUGCGACGCCCUGAUUCUUCCGCCGUCUACUGUCGAGGACAUGGCCAAGCUCGACGGAGGGAUUGACAAGCUCAAGCAGCUACGAUACGUUGCUAUCGGCGGAGGUGGUAUCUCGCCCCAGGUCGGCAACAGCAUCACGUCCCAGGGCGUCAAGCUCAACAACUGCAUUUCAAGCACUGAAUACUGCAUGUACCCCGUCUACUGGCAGACCAACUACGACAACUGGGACUGGUUUAUUUUCGACAAUGCGCAAUUCGGCUGCGAGUACGCCCACGUGGGCGACAACCUCUACGAGCAAACCAUUAUUCGCCACACGCCGUCUCAGCCCAUCUUCUACACCUUUCCCGACGCGACCGCGUACAAAACCGGCGAUCUCUUUGAAAAGCACCCGGCCCUGCCCGGCCACUGGCGCUCCCAGGGCCGCGUCGACAACAUCCUCGUCUUCCGCAACGGGGAGAAGCUCAACCCCGUGAGCCUCGAGACGGCCGUGACCCUGCACCCCGACGUGCGGCAGGCGCUCGUAGUCGGCCAUGGCCACGUGCAGGCGGGCAUGAUCCUGGAGCCGGUGCGCUGGCCCGCGGACGAGGCGCAGCGGCAGGCGUUUCUGGACGCCAUCUGGCCGGUGAUUGAGGCGGCGAACGCAAAGACGGUGGAACAUGGCCGUGUGGCGCGCCAUCUGGUCGCCUUGGCGGAUCCGCAGAAGCUGUUUCUGUUCUCGGCUAAGGGCUCGCUUCGACGCGGCGCGGUGGUCCAGAUGUACAAGGAGGAGAUUGAGGCACUGUUCGCGGCGCACGAGGUCGUUGAGGCGGCGCCGCUCGAUACGGGUACCCGUGAGAGUCUGGCAGCGGACAUCCGGGCGCUGCUGAGCGCAGCGUCGCCGGGCGGUGUCCUCGAGGACGAGGACGACUUCUUUCUGCAUGGCAUCGACUCGCUUCAGGUCAUUCAUCUGGCUAAACGCGUCACAGCGGGCCUACGCGAGGCCGGUGUCGAUCAGGACCGGGCGGUGCUGGCGCCGCGCGAUGUGUACGCGCACAGCACCGUGACCAGACUCAGCGAGUUUCUGUUUGAUCGCAUCCAGGGAACGAGUAGUACUAGGUCACCGAGCCAGGCGGAGAUUCUGCAAGGUCUAGUAGACAAGUACAGUGCCGGCCUGGCCAGGCGCAGCGACAGCGACAGCCGGCCGCGCGCCAAGACCACAGGUAAGACUGUGCUUCUGACGGGGUCGACUGGCAGUCUCGGUUCGUACCUUCUUCACUUUCUGAUUCAGGACGCGGGUGUGGCGAGGAUCGUCUGCCUGAAUCGAUCGGACGACGGCGGGCGCGUCAAGCAGCGGCAGGCGCAGAAGGAGCGCGGCCUGUCCACCUCGUUUGACAAGGUCGUCUUUUUCCACGCUGACCUCUCGCGCCCCGAUUUUGCCCUCGCCAAGGCGGAUUUCGCAGAUCUGCGCAGCUCCGUCGAUGUCAUUCUGCAUAACGCGUGGCCGGUCAACUUCAACAUUGCCGUGGCGUCCUUUGAAGGCCACAUCCGCGGCGUCCGGCACCUGAUCGACUUUGCGCAAAGUGCUGCCGUGCAAACCGCGCUCCUCUUUGUCUCCUCCGUCGGCACCGUGGACCGGUGGUCAUCGGCUGCGUCGCCUGUGCCCGAGGCCAAUCUCACAGACCUCAGCCUCGCGGGCAUGGGCUACGGCCAGUCCAAGCAGGUCGGCAGCAUCGUCAUCGAUGCGGCCGCCAGGGUCGGCGGCGUGCCGGCCGCCGUCGUGCGCCUGGGCCAGGUCGCGGGGCCGACGAUGCAGAAGGGCGCAUGGAACACGCACGAGUGGCUGCCGACGCUGAUCGAGUCCUCGCUUCGGCUCGGCUUGCUGCCCAGUAGCCUCGGCAGUAGCAAUGACGUCGACUGGGUGCCUGUCGACACGGUGGCGCGCACCAUUCUCGACAUGGCGCGCAGCCUCUCUGCGGAGACGGAUUUCAGCAGCGGCGCGCGCUUCUUCAACCUGGUGAACCCCACCACGACGCCGUGGUCGACGAUUGCGCCCGCCGUGGUGCGCUUUUACGAGCAGCGCGGCGCGGCGCUGCGGCUGGUCAGUUUGGAGGACUGGAUCGAGGCGGUGGAACAAGCGCCGGCGUCGUCGAACCUGUCGGCGGUGAAGCUGCUCGACAUGUAUGGAGCACUGGCGGGAGCGGGUGCAGGAGCGGGGUUCGCGACGGAGGAGGCGAGGCGGGCGAGCGGCGCGUUGGCGGCGAUGGGGCCGGUCACGCCGGAGCUCAUGACGCUGUGGUGCGAGCAGUGGAAUUUUGUGUAG